AUGGGUAGUGAGAUAGAUACUAAAUCAAUUGAACCUGUCCGGAAUGCUGUCUCUUUGUUUGGAGAUAAAGGUGAUCAGAAGAAAUAUCAAGCUGCAAGGAGUAAGAGUGAUUGUGGAAAUGAAUUUGAGGAGCUGACAAAGGAAUUGGCCAACUGCAAGUUUCAGUUAGAAGCAAAGCAUGCUGCACACAUGCAAGCACUUCUUAAGUUGGAGCAUAGCCAAAAGAUGAUUCACGAAUUGUCUACCCUACUGAAGAAAUCUGACAUUGAAAGAAACAAGAACAUGAGUGAAUGUUCGGAAUGUAGAUCUCGCAAAGGUGAACUUGAAUCCAAGAUGAAAGAGAUGGUUGAUCAGAGUUUGGAGGCUGCGAAGGUCCGAGACCAGUUUGCCCAUGUUUUAAGCGAACUGAAGGCCACACAAAGGGAGCUUCUAAACAAAGAAACAGAACUUGUUGCUGCCAGAGAUUCAGAAAUGAACUCUUUGACCAAAGCAAAACAAUUGGAAUCCGCUUUGGAGGCUGAAAAGGAACAGAAAGAAGAACUUGUGCAGCAAGUGAAGGAGCUCAAUGAAGCUAUUCACAAUUCAAAACUAGCUGCCAUUGAAUCUGAGAGAGAGAAGUUAGCUUUAUUGUCUGAGAAGGAUGAGCAAAUUGAUUUCGCUACAAAAGCUACUGCUCAGGUACAACAACAGCUAGAAGAUAUGAGAAAGCAUGAGGAAAUGUUACAAAAUCAACCAAUGGGCGUGUCUACAGUGGUGGAUUCUCUUCUCCUGGAACAUAUACUAGCUAAUGGAAAACUCGUUUUAUCUGAGGAUUCUUCUCCCAAAGACUUAGACCGAUUAAACAUUGACAUGGAACUAAAGGAGAGAAAGAUAAUGGAUCAAUCUGCGUACAUUCACACACUAGAAAUGGAAUUGAGUCGGUUAAAGCAACAAGUUAAGGUUGCAAAGGAAGAAAUAAAUGCCUUGAGUAUUACUAAUGAAUCACUCACUAGUGAGUUACAUGAGGCUAAUGCAGAACUAAACAUGAACAAGGAGAGCGACAUUGAAACACAGGUGGAAAUUGCAUUGCUGAAGUCUAAGCUGCAGGAACAUAGGGUGGUUUACAAGAAUGGAAAGAUUACUGAAGAAUCUACAACCGAUCACUCAAAGGCAGAAGAUGAAGAGAGAAAUAGUGAGAAGAACAAUGAGCAUGUGACAGGAAAAUCCUUAUUUGGAGUUGAAGGAGAGGUAGGAAGAUUUUCAGAGUUAGCAUUGAUGAAAAAGGAACUGGAAAAUGCAUCAGUGAAAAUUUCGGAGUUGAGGGCUCGUGCAGAACAGGCUCUGAGCAGGGCUGAGUUUGCUGAGAAUGCUAAAACAGCAUUAGAGGAGAAAAUAAGGAGACACAGGGAACAUAGGCAGAGAAGAAGGCUUGCUCUUACUGCCCUUAGGGAGGAAUCUACCCCUAAACCAUUUAGUCCUUCCUCAUCGUAUGGAACACCUGGAUCCUACCAGCCCUUAGGUAAGGUUCUCAACAUGAAAUUGUGA